AUGCAGGCCAUCAAGUGUGUGGUGGUCGGAGACGGAGCUGUUGGUAAGACUUGUUUGCUGAUCAGUUACACCACCAAUGCAUUCCCUGGAGAAUACAUCCCAACAGUAUUUGACAACUAUUCUGCCAAUGUUAUGGUUGAUGGAAAACCAGUUAACUUGGGCUUGUGGGAUACGGCUGGACAAGAAGAUUAUGAUAGACUGCGUCCAUUGUCUUAUCCACAGACGGAUGUGUUCCUAAUUUGCUUUUCACUUGUGAGCCCAGCUUCAUUUGAGAAUGUCCGUGCUAAGUGGUACCCAGAAGUCCGACACCACUGCCCCAACACUCCCAUUAUCCUUGUGGGUACAAAACUUGACUUGAGAGAUGAUAAAGACACAAUUGAGAAACUGAAAGAAAAGAAGCUUACACCCAUUACGUAUCCUCAGGGACUUGCCAUGGCAAAAGAGAUUGGUGCCGUGAAAUACUUAGAAUGCUCAGCACUUACGCAAAGAGGGCUGAAGACUGUGUUUGAUGAAGCAAUAAGAGCCGUUCUCUGCCCACCACCAGUGAAGAAGAGGAAGAGAAAGUGUCUGAUUUUGUAA